AUGGGAACAGCCAACAAGAUCGGCUCUUCGACGCCAUGGUAUCAGGACCGUGGCCUGAGAACCCUCUACCUCCUGCUCCCCAUCGUCAUUCUUAGUAGCUCAUACCAGGGAUUUGAUGGCAUGAUUAUGAAUGGACUGCAAUUGCUUCCUUCAUGGCAACAAGUUUGGCCGCCGCAAGGCCAUCGCGUUUGGAGCCGCCUGGACUUUGUCGGGGGCAUCCUCCAGGGUACUUCGAAGCACAUUGCCCAGUUCAUCAUUGCCAGAUUCCUCAUUGGCUGGGGCCUGGCCUUUACCGUUGUCGCGGCGCCUUCGCUCCUCGCUGAGCUGGCGCUUCCGAAGCACCGCGGCACGAUCCUGUCCUACUUCCCCACCGCGUGGUAUACCGGUGCCAUCAUCGCGGCGUGGACCACGUACGGCACCCAAUUCAUCAAGAAUUCGUGGUCCUGGCGGAUUCCCAGUCUUCUCCAGGCCGUUCCGGCCAUUAUCCAGAUAUCGCUCAUCUGGCUCGUACCGGAGAGCCCGCGAUGGUUGGUUUCCAAGGGUCAAGGAGCCAAGGCCAAAGAAAUCCUGAUCAAAUACCACGCCAAUGGCAUCGCGGAUAGCCCCAUCAUCGAGCUUGAAUAUCAGCAAAUCAAAGAUGCUAUUCUCCAGGAUGCGCAGUAUCGUCGGCAGGAAGCUACGCGGACCUACUCAGUAUACACGACCCACGGCACGCAAAACUUUGCCAUUGGCGUCCUUGUCUCCAUUUUCCUUUCCAACGGCGCUUAUGAUAUCCGGGCCCGCGGCGUGGCCUAUCAGACUGGCAUCAUGCACGCGGCUGGCUUCUUUUCUACCUUUGUGAACCCCAUCGGCUUGCAAAAUGCGGGAUGGAAGUACUACAUCGCCUUCAUUGUGUACACUUUCCUUGAGCUCAUUGCCGUUUGGUACUUCUUCGUUGAAACUCGCGGGUUCACGCUCGAAGAAAUCAGCACAAUCUUCGAGACGGAGGGCAUCACCUGGAAACAAAGGCGGAACCUAAAGCCUCCCACCUCUCUACAGGAUGCAAGCUCAGUAGAGGAACGGGGUAAUUUGCCAAAGGAGUCACAUACGGUCGUCACCAAGGAGGAUCUGUAG